AGGGCUGGGCUCAGUGUAGGCUCGGUGCGUUCACGUACGCGCGUUGCUUUACAUUGUCUUUUGAGCGUCCGCGCGUGCUGCAUCAUUUCAUUCCGAGUGUCUUUUUGGAGCUAUUUUAUAUUAUUUUUCUCUCUUCUUUUCCUUCUCUUUCACUCUUAAUCUCUCUCAGCUUCUUUCUUUCUUUUCUUUCUCUCUCUUUCUCUCUCUCUCUCUCUGUCUCUCUCUCUCUCUCUCUCUCUCUCUCUCUAUCUCUCUCUCUCUCUUUCUCCCUCCAUCCUUCUCUCUUCCGUUUCCGUGCUAUCUCUAUUCAUCGUAACGUUUACGACCGUGGUGCGCGGGGACGACGAGAGUGCGUGGAGAAGAAAACGCGGUAGUUAUACUUAUAAAAUUCGCGUGAACCGAUAAUUUUUCGACGCGUGUUUCUACAAUGGUGAAAGGCGCUUACAUAAUUGUACGCGAGCGCUAAGUUGUAUUCUCUUGGAAAUACGCGUGUGCGUGAUACAAGUGAGCGUGCGCUGCUUUGGACGGAUCGUCUACCACUAUCCACCACUGUUUCGUGCUUCUUUGCGAGUGGCGAAACCUUUAGCAUCUUACUCGCUCUUCUCCUUCGCUCCCUCUAUCGUUUCAACGGUGCUCCAUUUUCGUGUCGGAGUACACAGCAAUCCCAACCAGGAAAUUUGGAAUUGGUAGUGUUGCUCUGACAGUGACGUCUGAACCAAGUCCUAAACCAAGGUGAAGAUUUUGGACAGUAUAACAAAAUGACCGAUCAGCUAGAACAGCAGCAGCAGCAGCAGCAGCAGCAGCAGCAGCAACAAUCGCAACAGCAGACCAAAGGCAAUGAUGAGCCGCGGACAAAUUUGAUUAUCAACUAUCUUCCACAAAGUAUGACGGAGAAGGAUCUCUACAGCUUAUUUGUGACGAUAGGACCUGUUGAAUCAUGUCGUGUCAUGAAAGAUUACAAAACCGGAUACAGCUAUGGUUUUGGCUUUGUAAAUUAUACAAAGGCUGAAGAUGCUAUUACUGCUAUAAAUACAUUAAAUGGUCUUCAAGUACAAAAUAAGCGGUUAAAGGUAUCCUUUGCACGUCCUUCUGGAGAAGAGAUAAAAGAAACAAAUCUCUAUGUGACUAAUUUACCAAGAAAUAUAACAGAAAGUCAGAUCGAUGAUAUAUUUAGCAAAUUUGGGAAUAUAGUGCAAAAAAAUAUUUUGAAGGAUAAAUUGACUGGCUUACCAAGAGGUGUAGCCUUUGUAAGAUUUGACAAACGUGAAGAAGCACAAGAAGCAAUUGCACAGCUUCAUGGUACAAUUCCAGAAGGUGGUUCAGAAAGACUCAGUGUAAAGAUCGCGGAAGAACAUGGAAAACAGAAAGCAGCAUAUUAUGCAGGUUGGCAGGCUGGAUAUAAUCAAAGUCGAGGGGGAGGAAGCAGCGGCGGCAGCAGCGCAGGUGGAGGUGGUGGUGUAAGCGGGAGCCUCAGUAGCAGCGCGGGUGGAAGAGGACGAGGUGGCAUCGGUGGACCGCCAGGAAUCGGAAUGGGUAUUGGAGGUGGAGGAGGUGGCGGGCCAGGAAUGCUUGGCAGAGUAGCCGGAGGGGGCUUUGGUCCACGCGGUGCUCAUCAUGGUGGCUUCAUCGGAGGUGGAGGAGGACCUGGAGCAAUGAGGAUGGAGAAGCUACAUCCGCAUCGUUUCAAUCCCAUCGCCAAACCCCAACGUUCUUCAUUCUCAACCAACAUGGAUACCUCGGGACGACGAGCUGUGAAAUAAACGCGCAUCUGUCGCACGUAUGUUUUGUAUUAAAAGACUCAAGAGGAGAAGCUGGUCUGUCACUAUGGGGAUACAAUGGGUCGAGGUAAGAAAAGGCCACACCGAUUCGCUCAACUUUCUCGGAUCUCCUCUCUACACACAUCUUCGAGGGAUAUGGUUUACGAUAAAACUUUUGUUAUGUCAUGAAUGAUUUAAAAACAAAAAAAAAAAUAACAAAAAAAAGAAAAAAAAGAAAAAAAAUCCAAAACAAAAAAAAAACAAAAAAAAAACAAAAAAAACUAAAAGAAAACAACAAAAAUGAUCGUCUUAGGUAAAUUUGAAUUUCUAUUAUAUAAACAUUUAACAAUGAUUUCAUCGUAAACUUUACUACGUGAGAUACAUAUUAUCGAAGAUAUACUAGAAUUUAAGACUACAAUGAUAAGAGAAAAGUUCAUUCUUUCUUUUUUUUUUUCUUUUUCUUUUUUUUUCUUCUUUUUUUUCUUUUUUUGUUUCCAUGAAUUUUCCUAUUUCGAUACAUGUAAGUCGUUUCGAAUAAGAGUGAAAUUAGCAUAUCGAUAUUUUAUAUAUAUAUAUGUAUUAGUAUAUUAAUGUUAACAUCUCCAUUAACAGUGAUCGAUCAUUCAAAUAUUUUUAAAUAAGAUAAAAAAUUGCGUUUCUUUAGUCGUUCGACUAUAGUGUAAUUCUUUUUCUUUUUUCUUUCUUUUUUUUUUUUUGUUUCUUUUUAAAACACCGACACAAACGUUAUAGGUUUGUAAAAAUACACAUAUACACACAGACAGUGAAGUGUAUUUAAUAUACUUUGUAUAUCGAACAAUAUUGUCUACGAAAUUGUCUCUAAAUUCUAAAAGAAUAUAUAUAUAUAUAAUAUAUAUAUAUAUAUAUAUAUAUAUAUAUAUAUAUAUAUAUUAUAUGGGUUUUGUUCAAACUAUAAUUUACUGCGUAAGAAUGUAAAUCUUUCUCCCAAUGAAAGAAAAUGAUCUCUCGUAAAAUGUCUACAUUCCUCGUGUGCAUGAUUAAACAUUUAUCGUAUCACCCUUCGACGUAAGAGUUUCGUAAGCAAGAAAUUCCUUACCGCCUUAAUUUCAAAUACCCUUCUCUUAUUCGCAAGACCACCUGGUACAUAUAUACAUACACAUAUAUGCAUACAUACAAACGUUUUCGUAGAACCCGAUAAGUAAAGUCUCCAGCUGCUUUAGGGUCACGAAUAAAUGAAUCAUAAUGAAAAACUCCGACGUGUGUGUACCGCACAGCGAUCGAGAUAGACGAUUAGAAGACCUCUUUUUCGAAUGCUU